UUUUGCAGUAUUCUGUCCCGAAAUACACACGCACGAGGAACACGCCUCUUAAAGAAAAAUGGAAUGACAGCGUUAAAUGCCUGUCUGAAAAGACAGAGAAAAGCAAAGAACACUCCCCGUCUGCUCGAUUUUUCUUCGCUUCCUUACCCUCUCGCUCUGUUCCCGUCUCGCUCCGUCAUUUUUUUUUUUUAGAAAACAUGAAGGCGAAAAGAAAAGAAGAUUCCAAUGGGGACGAAUGUCAAGUGAAAGUUUAAAAGAAGCUUCCGUAAAGAGAAGCGUUCGUAAAGAGAGGGAAGAAAGGAAAAGCACCGGAACGGACAAGAGGAAGGAAGGAAGGAAAGAAUAAACUAAGUAUUAGUCUACAAAACUAUAAAGGAUAAAUAAAUAAACAGUAUAUUAACUCUUAAACUAAUCAGCUGCACAGCGCUUAAAGCUUUAGUAGGCUAACUCGUGGAGAUCUAUUAAUGUGCUGGUCUACUUUUAAAGAAGUGCACGCGGUACUUUGCAUUUUUGAGUUGCCCUAACCGAAGACUAGCAACUGUUCACGAACGCUCCCCGGAAAGACCCAGAUCGUAGGCUAAGGACCCAGGCACCGACUUGGUCAGGACGCUGAAGCCGGAGGAGAGGCGUAGCCACCCGCCGUUAUUGGAAAAUGGCUGGGGCAAAGCCGGGGGUCCACGCUUUACAACUUAAACCGGUGUCCGUCCACGAGACCCUGAUAAAGGGCAACAAAUUCGUGAAAUGGGACGAAGAGGCGGCUCUGGUGACGUUGAGAGUGGAUCCUCAAGGGUUCUUCCUAUAUUGGACUGGGGCCAACAAGGAGGUGGACAUACUGGACAUCAGUCUGAUCAGGGACACCAGGACGGGGAAAUUUGCGAAACUGGCGAGGGACCCACGGGUGCGGGACGUGGUGGGGGUUGGGAAGGGGGACGGGGGGUUCGUCGAGUCCCACAUGGUCACGGUGGUCUAUGGCUGUGACCUGGUCAACGUUUCCUUCCUCAACUUCCAGGCCCUGCAGGAGGACACUGCUAAGGUCUGGACGGAGGAGCUUUUUAAACUGGCCACAAACAUCCUGUCCCAGAAUGCCUCCCGCGUCACCUUCCUUCUGAAAGCAUACACCAAGUUGAAGCUGCAGCUGGUUCAAGACAAAAUUCCAGUGAAGAAUUUCCUGAAGAUGUUCUCUGAUAAGAAGCGUGUGGAGACGGCCUUGGAACAGUGUGGCCUAAUCACCAACAAGGCCGAGGUGGUCAAGCCGGAAGACCUGACCUGGGAAAAGUUCCAGACCUUUCUCACCACCCUGUGUCUGAGGCCCGAGAUCGAGCGCAUCUUCGUGGAGCUCGGGUCCAAGGGGAAGCCCUUCCUGUCUCUGGAUCAGAUGCUGGACUUCCUCAACCGGCGCCAGCGAGACUCGCGCCUGAACGAGGUGCUGUACCCGCCGCUGAAGAAGGACCAGGUGCGCCAGCUGAUGGAGCACUACGAGCCCAACGCCGCCCCGCUGGAGAGAGACCAGAUCCCUCUGUUGUGCUUCAGUCGGUAUCUGGAAGGAGAGGACAACUCCAUCGUUCCCCCAGAGAGGCUGGAUAUCAUUGAUGACAUGACCCAGCCCCUCUCACACUACUUCAUCAACUCCUCACACAACACGUACCUCACAGUGGGGCAGUUGACAGGGCUGUCGUCGGUGGAGAUGUACAGGCAGGUGCUGCUGACGGGCUGCCGCUGCAUAGAGCUGGACUGCUGGAAGGGCCGCCCCCCGGAGGAGGAGCCCUACAUCACCCACGGCUUCACCAUGACGACGGAAAUCCCCUUCAAGGAGGUGAUCGAGGCCAUCGCGGAGAGCGCCUUCAAGACUUCGCCGUAUCCUCUCAUCCUCUCCUUCGAGAACCACGUGGACUCUGCCAAGCAGCAGGCAAAGAUGGCGGAAUACUGCCGCACCAUAUUUGGAGAUGCCCUGCUCAUUGAGCCUUUGGAGAAGUUCCCACUGGUGCCAGGCCACCCUCUGCCCUCGCCUCAGGACCUGCUGGGCAAGAUCCUCAUUAAGAACAAGAAGAAGCAUCAGCACCGGGCGUCCGGCGCGGGCAGUGCCAGGCGCAGGACGGUCGACGGGGGCGACACCGCUGAGCACGCCUCCCCGAAUAACGAUUGCCCACUGAAUGAUGGGGAGAUGGGCCAGGUGAUGUCUAAUGGGGAGGAUAAGCUGACGGAAAGGAUGUUCAAAGAUGGACCUCGCAAGUCUAUCGAUCGAGGGGAUGGUGAGAGCGAGGAUGAGGAAGAGGAAGAGCCAGUGACGGAACCCAAGAAGCCCAACAGUGAUGAGGGCACAGCUAGCAGUGAGGUGAACGCCACUGAGGAGAUGUCCAACCUGGUGAACUACGUUGAGCCCGUCAAAUUCAAGAGCUUUGAGGUGUCCCGCAAGAGGAACAAGUACUAUGAGAUGUCCUCUUUAGUAGAAACGAAAGGCAUGGACAUUCUGAAAGGUUCCCCCAUCGAGUUUGUGGAAUACAAUAAGAAGCAGUUGAGCCGUAUUUACCCCAGGGGCACCAGGGUGGAUUCUUCAAACUACAUGCCCCAGAUCUUCUGGAAUGUUGGCUGUCAGAUGGUGGCGCUGAACUUCCAAACCCUUGACCUGCCGAUGCAGCUCAAUAUGGGCGUGUUUGAGUACAACGGCCACAGCGGCUACCUCCUCAAGCCGGAGUUCAUGAGACGCACAGACAAACACUUUGACCCCUUCACCGAGAACAUCGUGGAUGGCAUCGUUGCCAACACAAUCAAGAUCAAGGUGAUCUCGGGCCAGUUUCUCAGUGAUAAGAAGGUGGGGGUGUAUGUGGAAGUGGACAUGUUUGGACUGCCUGUUGACACCAAGAGGAAAUUCCGCACCAAGACCUCUGCCAACAACUCGCUGGACCCCGUGUGGGACGACGAGACCUGCGUCUUCAACAAGGUGGUGCUGCCGACUCUGGCCUCCCUGAGAGUGGCCGUGUUUGAAGAAAACGGCAAAUUCAUCGGCCAUCGCAUCCUGCCCGUCUCUGCCAUCCGACCAGGUUAUCACUACAUCUGCCUGAAGAAUGAGCUGAACCAGCCCCUCUUGCUGCCCUCCCUGCUGGUGUACACGGAGGUCCAGGACUACAUACCCAACGAGCACCAGGAGUGUGUUGAGGCCCUGAUUAACCCUAUCAAACACCUGGACCAGAGAGAGAGGCAGCUGGCUGCACUAAUGGAGGACAACAAUGAGCGUGUGCAGGAGAAGCCAGAGGAAAAGGAGAAAACGGAUGUGUACCCACAAUCUGACAGAGAUUUUUCGCUGCCCACCCCCCCACUCCCUGUGCCUGUCCCUGAUGUUCUCAGCCCCCCAGGACCGGGACUGAAAGAAGACCUGAUUGCGGCAGUAUUAGCAGACAUCCAGCCUCAGUCGAUAGAGGAGCUCAAACAGCAGAAGGCCUACCUGAAGCUGCUGAAGAAACAGUGCAAGGAGCUGAAGGAGCUUCGUAAGAAGCACCUGAGGAAGAUCUGGUCCAUGAGCAAAGAGCAGCGCAGCCACAGCAGCCAGCUGCACUCGGACACGCAGAGGAGACGCAGCCAGAUGGAGAAGAAACUCAAGAGCAGCCUCAAGAAGAACGAGCCCCAGGAGCCGAUGCAGAUGCAGCUGUCUGCACUGGACGUGGAGCUGGAGAAGCAGACGGUGAAGCUCAGAGAGUGGCAGAUGCAGGAGCUGCUGAAGCUCAGGCAGUCACAGCACCAGCUAGAGAGAGAGAAGAAGAAGGUGCACCUGAAAGAGUCCUCCCAGAAGCUGCAGGAGACGGCACAGGAGUGUCAGCAGGCCCAGCUGAAGAAACUCAAGGACAUCUGUGAGAAGGAGAAGAAGGAACUGCAGAAGAUGCUGGACAGGAAACGGCACAACAGCAUCAGCGAGGCCAAGAACAGGGAGCGGGAGAAGGUCGAGGCGGAGCUGAAUGAGAUCAACAGGAAGCACAUUGCCGAGUCGGUCUCCUCCAUUCGCAAACUGGAGGUGGCUCAGAAGCAGAGGCAGGAGAAGCUGACCGUGCGGCACCACGAGAUCCUGCAGCGCAUCGAGGAAGAUCUUCCGCUGCUGCAGUCCCAGCUGGAGAAAGACAUGGACGCUGAGCUGCAGAGCCUUCCGGAGGAAAUCCGCCAGUACCUGCAGGGGGAGCUGGAGAGCAAGGGGCUGCGAAAUGAUGCCCUCCUCAGCUCACUGUCCAAUAAUGACAGCCCCAGCUCCGGGCCUCCCUCCAACAGCAGCACGCCCCCAUUCCACUCACCCAAUCGCAGCUGGCUCGGGGGCGGGAGCCUGGACAAUAGCACCGCCUCAUUGGUGGAUUCUUCCUCCUCUAGCACGCCAGUCAUGUCGGAGGCAGAGCUUACAUCAGCAUAGCUCACCCUCAGAAAAUCGCCUCCACCCCACUGGAUUAUUACUAGAAAUAAUAUUGCUUUCAUUUUGUUUUAAUGUUACUUUUGUCCAUUUGUUAUUUCAUUAUUUUUUUAUGCUUUUUAAUUUGAUACCAUCCAUCCUGGUUAUCAGGGUAUGCUUUUGCUAUUGUUUUACAAACAGUUCCUUUUUGUCUGCAGUUUUACCAAAGCCGCUUGAUCUUUUACAACUGUCGGGUUAUAGGGAUCUUUUAUUUAGUUUUAGCUUGUGGGCAUGAAGGGGAAAUUCUGUUCCUUAGUUGGAUUUAUUUAUUUACAUUGUAAUUGCACCAUCUGUGCUUAAGUUGUAGUAAUAUUGUGAGUCCACCAGGUGGAGACAUUGUCAGGAGUAAUAACUUGCAUACGCGUAAGUGUGAGAAUGUGCUGUGUGGCACUAUGCUCGUACUGGUGAAAGGGCUUGUUUACAUAAUGAACUAUUCCCCAGAGCUUGCCCCACAGGACAAUAAAAUCCCGAGCUUAUCA